GCCCUCUACAGGGAUGUCAUGCAGGAGAACUACGAGACAGUGACCUCGCUGGGAUUCCACCUUCCCAAACCUGACCUGAUCAGCCAGCUGGAAUGAGGGGAAGAGCCGUGGGUGCCCGAUCUCCAGUCCUGUGAGAGAAGAGAGAUUCCAAGAGGUGCCCACACAGCAGGUGAUGAGACAGUGAGUGAGACCGAGGAGGGGAAUCAAGAGAAGGAAGUUCCUGGGCACGGAGAAUCACAGGGGACCUUUUUGGGAAGAGCUGCAGGGAAUUUUUCCCAGUGCUGGGAACAGGGAGAUGAUGGGGAAAAUUGGCGGAGGUCAGAUAGGCUUCCGGGAAACCACUCAAGGAAGCAAAUGGAUAAAUCUAUUAUAUGUGGGGAAGGACACAGCGAUCCCACAGCCCGACAGACAACCUCCAAGAAAGACAAAAGCUAUGAAUGUCCUGGUUUUGGGAAAGGAAUCGUUCUGAGACCACAGCUUGUUACACCUCAGGAAAUCCAAACUGGAAAGAAAUCACUUCAGUGCUUGGACCGUGGAGAAAGCUUCAAUAACCGCUCAGAUCUUAAUAACCAUGGGAGAAGCCACACAGGAGAGAGACCCUCUCAGUGCCUUGAGGGCAGGAAUUAUUUAAAUUUGAAGUCAACACUGAUUACACAGGAGACAGUCCACACUGGAGAGAGACCCCAUAAGUGCUUAGAGUGUGGGAAAAGUUUCAUAUGGAGGUCAGCCCUACUUAGUCACCUGGCAAUACACACUGGAGAGAGACCCCAUAAGUGCUUAGAGUGUGGAAAAAGUUUCAUACAGAAGUCACACCUUGUUGCACAUCAGGUAAUCCACACUGGAGAGAGACCCCAUCAAUGCUUAAUCUGUGGGAAAAAUUUCAUACGGAGGUCAACCCUUCUUAUACAUCAAGCAGUCCACACUGGAGAGAGACCCCAUAAGUGUUUAGACUGUGGGAAAAGUUUCAUAGAGAGGUCAGGCCUUGCUAAACAUCAGAUCAUCCACACAGGAGAGAGAUCCCAUAAGUGCUUAGACUGCGGAAAAAGUUUCAUAGAGAGGUCAGGCCUUGCUAAACAUCAGAUCAUCCACACAGGAGAGAGAUCCCAUAAGUGUUUGGACUGUGGGAAAAGUUUCCCACAAAGAUCAAAUCUUAUGGAACAUAAGAUAAUCCACACAGGAGAGAGAUCCCAUAAGUGCGUAGACUGUGGGAAAAGUUUCACACGGAGAUCUGCCCUCAUUAAACAUGGGAGAAUCCACACUGGAGAGAGACCCUACAAGUGCUUAGACUGUGGGAAAAGUUUCACAUGGAGAUCUGCGCUCGUUAAACAUGGGAGAAUCCAUACUGGAGAGAGACCCCACAAGUGCUUAGACUGUGGGAAAAGUUUCAUACAGAAAUCAACCCUUCUUAUUCAUCAGAAAAUCCACACAGGAGAGAGACCCCACAAAUGCUUAGACUGUGGGAAAAGUUUUAUACAGAGAUCAGCCCUUCUUCAUCAUCAGGCAGUCCACACUGGAGAGAGACCCCAUAAAUGCUUAAUCUGUUUGACAAGUUUCAUACGGAGGUCAGACCUUGUUAAACAUCAGGAAAUCCACACUGGAGAGAGACCCCAUAAGUGUUUAGACUGUGAAAAAAUUUCGUACGGAGGUCAACCCUACUUGCACAUCAAAAAAUCCAUACCGGAGAAAGACCCCAUAAGUGCUUAGACUGUGGGAAAGGUUUCAUACGGAGGCCUGACCUUGUUAAACAUCAAGCAGUCCAUACAAGAGGGAGACCAUAAGAGUUCAGAAAGUGUGUAAAUGGUAUUGGGACCAUUCCAAGAAAUAGAGACUAGAGCUUUGAAAUGUAACCUGGUGUUGUUAAGAAAUUGAAAGAAGAUAGUAGUGCUGUUGAUUAAUUGCAAUUAACUCAAGUAAUUAACUCAAAAAAAAUUCAUUGUGGUUAGAAAUAUUAAUCUUGAUGAGUCACAUUGUUAAAUAAUAGAAGAGCAAUUGGAAUUUUUUUGGAUGUUUUUCUACAUUUUCUUAUAUAUUGAUUUCUAUCACAACAAAGAAUAGAAAGUGUACAGUGCUCACUUUACAUUAUUUUUAUUACAAAUAUUUGUACUGUAAACAUGCAAAAUAAAAAUAGUCUUUUUUCCAAUUCACCUCAUACAAGUACUGUAGUGCAAUCGCUUUAUCAGGAAAGUGUAGCUUAAAAACAGAUUAUUUUACUUACAUAAGUGCACUCAAAAAUAAAGCAGUUAAAAAUUUAGAACUAGAUGUCUACUGUUCAUUUUCUGCCGAUCACUAAAGCAAACAAGUUUGUUUACAUUUAUGGGGGAGAAUGCUGCCUGCUUUUAAUUUAUGAUGUCACCAGAAAGU